AUGCCAGCUGCCAGAGUAAACAUCUGGGAUCUUGUUAACGCCCCUAUUAAAAAGGGCCUUCUGACUGAAACUAAUACCAGCUCUCAGCGGCAGUCACUUGCCACAUUGAAACCAGGCUGCCCUACAUUCACCUCAAAGAGAUCUGUGCUUGAAGUGCUUCAACCCGAGGUUAUAUAUUUCCCUCGCACUGAGUCUGAAAGGGCCAGCUUUCGAACCAAGGAUGGCAAGAAAGUUACCCCUCAUCAAUGGGCAGUAUACGAUUAUAUCCUUGAUAUUCCGAAAGGGAGUGUAACUACAUACAAGGUCUGUUUCAAUAAUCUAGAGCCCCUGAGACUUUGGACCCACCAACCUGGCAUGCUCAGCGUGUGUGCGAUGGCUUGGGCCAAGGCAGCCCUCGCUCAGAAGAAUAAGGAAAAGGAAUCCCAAGCUCACCCAGCGUUGAUCGGGGAGAAAACGCUUUGGGAGAUAGAAUGCGAAGAUUCAGUCUUGUUUCCAGAAGGCGGCGGACAGCCAACAGACCACGGUACAAUUACCACCAUCGAAGGACCCAACGACCCUAUUCCCAUCUCCACAGUUCACAGACAUGGUCUUCGAGCAGUCAUCUUCUCACCGCGCCCAAUUGCGCCAGGUACAACCGUAGUACAGCGUGUGGACGCCCGUAGACGAAUGGAUCACAUGCAGCAGCACACAGGGCAGCAUCUCUUAUCUGCGAUUAUGGACACCUACCCCGGGCUGGAGACGUUGGCCUGGAGUAUGGGAGCGAGUAUUGUUGGUGAUAAUCUGACCGAUGACGGAAGGAUUCCGAACAUGAACUAUGUAGAACUAGGACGAAAGCCCUCUGAGGCCGAGAUUUCCGAAAUCCAAGAGAGGUGCAAUCAGCUUGUUAUGCAAAACAGACCGAUCACUAUCACACCCCGAAAGACGCAAUACAAGACUGGCUGCCUUCGGACUACGAUAAAGAGAAUGGAAUCUUGUUGCGGGACCCAUUUAUCGCAAACAUCGCAUAUUGGUCCAAUUCUACUUCACCACACUCAACCGAUUCGCGGCACAAACACGAGGCUAUUUUUCUCUUGUGGUUCUCGGGCAAUUGCACUAGCAACAUCAUCUCUCCAGGCCACCCGCUCUCUUUCGGCCACGCUUUCUGCAGGGCCUACUCCAUCCGAACUCAGUGCUCGGGCCACACAAGUAACCAAUUCCCUUCGGGAUGCCAUCCGUGCUAAGCGCAAGCUUGAGGCAGAGAUCGCUGGGUACAUAGCUAUGUGGCUUGGAUUUUCUAAUGGAGAUCGCGGCGGCGAUUCCUCCCGAGAAUCUACCCGCGGCAUUAUACUCGCCGCGGGAUCCGGAACCGAAGGUGGCCCUGUCCUUAUCAUUGGGAGCGACACGGACCGAGUACAACUCCUCGCGUCCAAAGCGCUCGCGCAGAUUAAAGCCCUAAAGGGAGGGGGAAGGGUGUCAAGUGGCAGGGCAAGGUUCAAGUCUGGGAAAAGGGUAGCUUGGAUGUUCUUGAGAAAGUCGCAAAUGAAUGUCUAA